AUGUCGACACUCCCAUUCCUCUGCCCUUGCAUACAUCGACCACGCACGCUGACGUCACUGCGACAUCAUACGCAGAACAAAAGCCGAUGCCCCCGUGGACUAAGCUCAGACGCAUCUGGAUCAAGCUCGUUCGCCCAAUCGACAUCUUCGCAUAUAUCGCGUGACUUGCUCACAAAGUUACGCGCCUAUUCACUGCGUAACCCUCCGCCUUCUCCUUCUGCUGAUCCUUCCCCUCCCAAGCGUCAUGCCAUUCAACCUGAUUACUUUUCACGUGCUGUACAGCGAAGUGACGCACUUAAGUCAACGUUCGCUUAUAGGAAACUAGACGCUGCGAUACAAGCCUCACUUGCACUAGACGGUGGCUACUCUGCACAUAUACAAUGUGCUGAUCACGUAUGGGCAGCGUAUACAGAACUAUGUGACACAGUCCCAUCUCUUCCACCUUCACUCCACAGGCAAGUACUCACAACUGCAAUCCCAACACGUCAAGGAACUCUACGCCGAACCGCUGCGUCCAAAUGGUUCGAACCGCGACUCAAAUCCCUCGAGCAUAGGAUAUUCUCCGUCCUCCGCCAGCUACGACAAUGCGGUUCUCCUCCCACACGCGCGGACUAUGCUUUCUGCCUAUGGGUGUUCGCCCAGACGGGGCGGUACGAGAGCGCGCUCUCACUUUGGAGGGAGAUGCGGCAAAGCAUGCAGGAGGGUGACGAGUGGCUUCUCCGCUUGCUGCUCUCCUCUUUCCUCCUCCGAUCAAAAGGGCGAGGGUUCGUUCGCCCAGCAGCAGAAGCAGCGCACCUGAGCACACAGCUCCAGAACAUACUCACAGAUAUAAGGCAACAAGGCGUACUCCCUUCUCCCUACCUGCUCGACCGCAUCGCCCGCAUCUUGAGGGAAGUAGACGCCCUUCCCCAGUUGGAAGCAUUCUUCCGCCUAUGGUACGGCCUCGACCUACACCACCCGGACCGCAUCAGCUCAGAGUUCGUCGCCGCCUGGGGCCCUAACGCCGUCCCGCCAGGGAUAAGCACCAACGCGCUGAACACGCUCGUCCGUGCCUAUUCCUGGCAGCGCGCCCCAUGGCAGUCUCUACUCGUGUACGAAGUCCUCUGCCACCCUUUACCGCAACGCUUCACCCGACCUCCUUCGUCCGACUCCCAGCUAAUAGCCUUCGACGAGCAAGACGAAGAGGACGCAACGCUCCCCUUUGGCACCUACCUCCGCCCAUCUCCCUUCCCCACCAGGCAGGCGAUACCCAACACGACAACGUACGAGAACCUCAUCUCCAGCGCAUACUGGGCGAACAACAUGUUCCUCCUCGUCCAUUUCUUCAACUGCAUGGUCUCCUCCGAGCUGCUGGAACAGGAACGCGCCUUUACCCGGCUGGAGAAGACGGGCGUCUGGGCACCCCCGAAACAUCGCACGAGCGCAUUGGCGGUAUACUUGAUGGGAAACGAGCUGAUGGACAAGCACCGAGGUUGGGAACUGGGCUAUGUGGUGAACGUACUCCGGAAACUGGUGGAGAGGAGACAGGGCUGGAUCGACAGGGCUAUGCUGGCGCUGAGGAGGGAACGGGAGGCGGGCGGCAUGAGGGGGAGGACGAUACGUCCUAGGCAGUGGGAGGAAGGGAGGUCUGAGGAAGGGUCGUUACCGUCUUCGUACUCCCGCCAAACGCAAGACCUGAACCAAGAGCAAGUUGAAGAGGAAGAGCAUAAUCGAGAGCGAGAUAGGGAUGAAGAGGGAGAGAAAGACCCCAGCGACUUGCCCAACACACCCAACCUCGGCCCCGGGCCAUUCACGACCCCGCAAACGAAAGCCCGCGCGCUGAUCUUCUACCUCUACCUAAUGCGUCAAUCCACGCACCAAAUCCAGUACCACCUCGACAUCCACCUCCCGCACGCGCUGGUCGUCGUCGACCGGACUAGGCUGAACAGGAAGGAAGUCCAGACGACGUGGAGAGAGGACUGGCAGAUGGCGCGCUUGCAGAAGGUGCUCGAGGCUCGGGGAGUAAGGACUGUGCCUCCGCAGAAAAGGAAGGGGGAGGAGGCGCAGGCGCCUUGGAUGAGAGCAGAGGUUGGGAGAGCAGUUGGGAUGCGUGGGAGAAGGGGGAGGCCAGCUUUGACUCGGAGGAGUAAGCGCCAGCCGGAGCCUGUCCAGCAGGGGAUAUUUAGCAACCCUGUGGCUGCGGCCAGGGGGGCGCUGGAGAGCGCUGCUUCGGUGCUGGUGAAGCCGUUGGAGAAGAUGGGAUUUUUCACUUCGGACAAGUCUGGGUCUAGAUAA